ACUGGGGAUACGGAUCAACUAAUGUUUAUAUCACCAGCAUGCGUCUAAGUAUUGUUGCCGUAAUCACCAAAUUUAGUCGGGGCAUGGGAGCCUCCUAACAAUGAGGUCAUCGCCGACUUUAUUCUUAAGGAAAACAUAGCCCGCAAACAUACAUCGCGAAGAUCUACGGCGCAAGGGUCAAGUCUGGCUAAACGCAGUUGCAAGAAGGACAGUAGGUGUACUAACUCGCAAUGGCGAACAAAGGUCAAUACGUCUUAAUCACAGGAGCCAGCGCAGGCGGCAUCGGGCAUUCUCUGGCCCUCGAAUUUGCUUCCAAAGGCUUGAAUGUCCUGGCGACUGUCCGCGACCCAUCCAAAGCCACCGGACUCGACCGACCAAAUAUCACCGUCCUCCCUCUCGAAGUCACCAAACCCGAGAGCGUCGCCGAACUCAAAGAGAAAAUUUCGAGCAUCACGAACGGGAGACUCGACAUACUUGUGAACAAUGCGGGGAGCAAUUAUACGGUCCCGGCGCUGGACUUGGAUGUGGAGGAUGUGAAGCAGAUGUUUGAUGCGAACGUCUUCGGCGUGAUGCGCAUGGUGCAGGCGUUUGCCCCCCUCCUCAUCGAAACGAAAGGGACAAUCGUACAGAUUGGCUCUCUGGCAGGCAAGAUGCCGUAUGUGUUCGGAUCCGCAUACAAUGCCUCGAAAGCUGCCCUUCACUCCUACAGCGACACCCUCCGCCUUGAACUACAGCCCUUCGGCGUCCGCGUCCUAACCAUCGUCACCGGCGGGGUCAAAUCCAACCUCGCCCGGUCUGAGCGAGUCUUGAGACGUGAUUCAAUAUAUCUGCCUAUUGAACCGGAAUAUUUGCGGCGUGUCAUACACAGCCAGAUCAACGGGGUUCCGAACGAGAAGUACGCGAAAGCGGUCGUCGCACAGGUGGUGUCACGGUCUUGGUGGACGCCAAAUGAGAUUUGGCAAGGAGGUGGAAGCUGGUUGGUAUGGUUUGCAGUGAAUUAUUUGCCUAGAGGCACCAUGGAGCGUGUCUUCUAUCGCAUGUUCAACCUGUGGAAACUAGAGAAAAGAAAGAGAUCAUGACCCAUGUACCCCCUGUAUUGAAUCCCUUCAGUAUGUUCCGACCUCGUCUGGCACGUUUAUCCCGGCAUCAUGGCUUAGGGAGUAGCAUCAUACCAGCUUCCCCAUCAUUAUCAGCAGGAAAUCUUGGUCAGAAUUCCAUUGACCUUUUGGCCUCAUGCUUCCUUCUCCAACUUGCUUGAAUCCUCUUCUCCUCCAGUAGGCUCCAUUAAGUUCUUCGAC